AUGCCUUACGCUGGAAACCUAUUACCAAACAUCGAGAGCAAGGUAUCACAGAUUGUCUCUAUCAUUGCAACAUAUCGUCAUCGCUCUGCCACUUUUCCCGAUCGCUUCUCCAAGUUUGUCCCUACGCUCGAGAAGCAGAUUGGAGACAUUGUCUCUAAGAAGGAGACGCUCCGUUUCAUCCUUCCAGCUUUCCCCUUCAAGGCCCCCUCCGAGGGAAGCAAGGGUAAGAAACUCGGUCUUUUGCCAGACAAGGCCGAAGAAAUUGCCUUACAGACCAUAAAUGGCUUCGCCGAGUCUAUUGCUGAAGUCUACGACAACGGGGCGAGCGUUGUGAUAGUUUUGGAUGCGUCAGAAAAUGGCGAUCUUCUAAAAGUCGAUCAUAGCGACGCUUUCACAUACCACCGAGAGCUGCAAAAUCUCGCCGCAUCUCUGGAUCUUCGUCAUCUGGAAUUCACGAGCCUCGGAGCCCUGGUGGGCAUUGUGCCACAGGAGACUCAAAUAAACGAAAAAUACUCCGAAUAUAUGAACAAGACUCACAAUCACGUUGAUCACUCCAUAUCCCAGGCCUCGUCGGCCGAGGAUAAGAACCGAAAAACAACCAGCCAUCACCACAACACUGCUCUCCCAGAGAGCAAACACCCGGCCGCUCUAAAGACUGACAUUCUCCAGCGAGGAAAGGCUCCUACACCUCUUUUGGAAUCAACUGUGCCAUACGCCAUCCGCAUGUCGAUUCACGAGUCCAACAAUGUUGGGAAGAUCACAAUUGACUUGUUCCCUCCUGGAAUUAAUCCAAACUCUAUCACCCCAUGGCAUGGGACUGUUGCAAUCCUUCACGAUGCCAGCCUGCGCGUGGUGGAUGCAUCCGCUGUUGACAUGAACGAAUUCGAAGUAGUCAAAAACGCCGCGGGCAACCCAUGGUUGCUACGCGCCAAGUGUGACCUCUUCAAUUGGCCAGGUAUGGCGGUAGACUUUGAGCCACUCUUCCCCUGCGGCAUACAGGUACGCCCUAAGGAAGGACAUGCGCCGUUGAAAUUCGAGGACGUCGAUAUGAAGCGCGUGCGUCGCCUCGCUCUAUCCUCGGCGCCUCUUCUUCUGCGUGGAUUCACAAUGGAAAUCGAGAAAGAAGUCUUCCGCAAGAAAGCGCGCCAGUUCGGUGAGAUCCAGCAGUGGCCAUUUGGGGAUAUUCUUGAGGUUCGCGAGAACACAGAUCUUAACAUGAACAAUGUACUCACGCGUGAGGCCAUGCCCUUUCACUACGAUGGAGUGUUCAAGAUGACGCAGGACGAGAAGACAGGCGAAUGGGUCUCCACGCCACCUCUGUUUCAGGUGUUCCGUAACCGCGCAGCCUUGCAGUCUGAGGGCGGAGCCACGCUCUUCGCGUCAUCGCGUAAUCUUCUACCUCUCCUCGGACCUGAUACUAUUCCUCUUGAGGAACUACGCACACUGAAGUGGAAGGCCUCUACAGAAGUCAAUGAUGCAUUUGGGGGCCAUGAUUUACACCUUCCAUUCAUUGUUCCUCACCCGGAGACGGGUGCCGAUACUUUCCGUAUGCAUGAGCCAUGGCCGGAAUCAAAAUGUAUCGCUGGAAGCAGCAAGCCAACUAUUGUACAGGUCAUUGGCUGCCCGGAGCCUGAGAGCGAUGCGCUUUGUGAGAAGCUAACAGCUCUGCUCUAUGAUCGACGGGUUGUAUAUCAUCACCAGUGGAAGACUGGUGACUUUAUCUUUAAUGAUAAUGCUACCACUCAUCAUACUCGAACCGCAUUCACUGAGGGACACCGCGAGCACUGGCGUGUGCAUGUUAACUAG